AAGAUGCUUCGCAAUUGUGGUUGCUUUCAGCGGGCCCGGCGCAGUUCCAGCUUCGAGGACUCGUCAUCCUGCAGGUCGUCGGAGAUAGAGCGGGGUGGCGAGAUGACACCGCACAGUGGCAGCCUGCUGAAGCUGUUCACCUCGAAGGGUUGGUGCAGGCAAUGGCGGAAGAGUGGCCGUGGCAUGAGCAUGACCAAGAUCGAGCGAACGAUGAAAGCGGCCAUCCUUAUACAGCGUUGGUAUCGACGGUUUCUAGCCCGGAUCGAAAUACGGCGGCGUUACACAUGGACCAUCUUCCAGAGCAUCGAAUAUGCGGGCGAGCAAGAUCAAGUACGGCUGUACAACUUUUUCAACGCACUACUUACGCACAUUCCAGAGGCUGCCGGCCGUCCGCUCGAUUCGCAAAACACGUCCCGUUCGUCGUCCGCAGAGGCACUGAAUAUGAAAUUUUCCGACGAAUCGGACGAUCUAGCCGACGAGGGUAUUACCGGACCGGAGCGUGGCUAUCAGGGGCCGGAAAUCAAGUUCCCGCUCGACAAGAAGGAGCUGGAAGUGAUUAUUGAUCUGUUCCGGAAGAAGAAAAACCGGCUGCACGCCAAGUAUGUGGCGGGCAUACUGCGGGAAGCGACCUCGAAGUUGAAGCGCUUGCCGAACCUGAACCAAGCGUCGACCGCCAUCUCGAAGCAGGUUACGAUCUGUGGUGAUUUGCACGGGAAGCUGGACGAUUUGCUGGUCGUGUUCCAUAAGAACGGGUUACCAUCGCCGGAGAACCCGUACGUGUUCAACGGAGACUUUGUCGAUCGAGGCAAAAAAGGCCUCGAGGUGCUGCUGUUGCUGCUCUGUACGUUUCUGGUGUUUCCGGGCGGUGUGUUUCUGAACCGGGGCAACCACGAGGACACGGUGAUGAAUGCACGGUACGGCUUCAUCCGGGAGGUGCACCAGAAGUACAAACACAAUGCCGAAAGACUGCUGAAGCUCAUCGACGAGGUGUACCGGUGGCUUCCAUUAGGGACGAUAGUUAACAACCGUGUACUGGUCGUGCACGGUGGCAUUUCCGACUCGACCGAUCUGGAUCUCAUCCGCAGCCUAGACCGCGGGAAGUAUAUAUCUCUAUUACGGCCGCCAAUAACCGAAAGUACUGCUCCAGGUGCCGAAAUCAUCGAUAAGGUGGAAUGGAAACAGGUGUUCGAUAUUCUGUGGAGUGAUCCCCAGCAUACCGAGGGUUGCCGGCCAAAUUCGUUACGAGGCGCCGGUACGUACUUCGGACCGGACGUAACAAACAAGUUCCUACAGCGCUACAAGCUCCAGUAUCUCGUCCGUUCGCACGAGUGCAAACCGGACGGGCACGAGAUAAUGCACGGUGGGAAGGUCAUUACCAUCUUCUCCGCCUCGAACUACUAUGAAAUCGGCUCGAACAAGGGUGCGUAUCUGAAGCUGGAUCCACAGCUAGACACACACUUCGUGAUGUACACGGCGGCCGCCUCCAAAACACGGAAGCUCACAUUCCGGCAGCGGGUCGGGCUGGUGGAAAGCUCGGCCCUGCGAGAAUUGGCAGCUAAGCUGCGCGAACGACGGAUAGAGCUGGAGCGGGAGUUCAAGUCGCGUGAUCCGGAGAACAAGGGUGUGCUGCCGCUAGCGAAGUGGUGCGAAGCCCUGGAGAGUGCCACAAACCUCGGAUUGCCGUGGCGAAUGCUGAAGGAUAAGCUUGCACCCGCCGAUAAUCCCACUGCCAGCACUGCCGCAACCGUGACGGAAGUAAGCUACCGGAAAACGCUGCAUCUACUCGACACGGACUCUUUCAAAUCGGCCCAGAACGGUACGACCUCGGUGGCGGAAUCGUUGUACAAGAACAAGAGCAGCCUGGAAGCCAUCUUUCGCAUCCUGGACAAGGAUAACUCGGGUCAGAUCUCGCUGGAGGAGUUCGGUGAGGCGUGCGAGCUGCUGCGGCGACACUUUCCCCACAACACGCACGAACAGCUGCUCGACAUGUGUCGCAUGAUGGACAUCAACAAGGACGGACUGGUCGAUCUGAACGAGUUCCUGGAAACGUUCCGGCUGUGCGAAAAUGCCAAGGAGCAGCUGUUGACGAGUUUGGAGGAGCGAGCAAACGGAGAAAGCAACGGGAACGGGCAGUCUAGUAGCGUCGACGAGGUUAUCCACCUGACAUCCCAAAGCAAAGCAACCAAGGAAGCUGGCGAACUUCCGGACAGGAAUGGGAACUGUGCAUCAAACGCUGCGGAUCAAACCAAGUCGGAUGGUCGUCGGCGAAGUAAGAAACGCGCCAGUGGUAAGCGAACUAACGGACAGACGAACGGGGUGCCGGAAGCGGAUGAGGACACGGAUGACUACGAGGACUACGAGACGAAUGAGGAGGUGGUGGACGAGAGCAAGGAGAGCAAGAGCGUUGGAGCAGUGAACGGUACGGUUAUAAACUCAUCCAACACCACCGCAGUCGCUAACAGCACCGCCAACGGUGAUACUCACAAGGACACCAUCGUCUCCUAAAAGGGGACUGCUUAUGAGUGUUUCUUUUUCCUAUUUCUAUGUCUGUGUGUUUGUGAGUGUGC